CGUAGUCGUCCAUGACCCACCAUUCCCGGCCGCCACUUCACCCGUGGUGGCCUUCAAACCAUCCGUUCUUUGCCAUUGAACUUCCACCUAUUCCAUUCAUCUACGACCCGACUAUCGACGAUCUUUUUCGCUUUUGAGCAUGCAUGCACACUGCGGAGAAGAGCAAUUUCGUCACGUCGCGAAACCAACGCGGUUUCCCGUGUUUAUAGAAAAAAAAAGGAAAAGAAAAUGUUCAGGAUAUCGCAACCAGCAAAUAUAAGCUUACCCGCAGGCUGGUUUGGUGAAAAGAGGUGUGUACUUUGGGCUGUAUUGGUGUUGUUCCAAAAAUAGACAAAGCGCCAGCUACCGACGGAAGCACGAGUUCGGCCGACAUCCAUGAGUGACGCAAAGGACGAAUCCGAGUGUUGUUAUGCGAACGCCUGAAUGGGAGCUAUAGUCAACAUAAAACGUCGGGAGCGAAAUUACCAGCAAUAACCAUCUUUGCGUAGAAGGUAAAUCAAUCAGAAGGCGACUUCGAGCCAAUCCGCACGCGGCAAUGGAUGUCACCCACUCGCACCGUAAUUUAACACUGCAAAAACCAGACUGUUUCCUUUUCGGUAAAAGUUAAUCUCUUCUUUUCGGAACAAUAAUGAUACAAAAAAAAUGGUUGACAUUGAAAAAACGCGUCAUCAAGGCUUCCCCGGUGUGGAGAGUCAAUGAAAGUCCGAUCCCUUCUCUCGCAAAUGAACAUAUUUUACUAUACUUACAGUAGUCAUGAAAACAACCUGCUGGGAGACAUAAACUUUGGCGGCACACGCCCCUGCCGUUAUGCUGUCAUUGUAUGUUAUACUACUAAUCAUACACUUGAUCACCACCUUGCCUCAUUUGUGUGUCGACUACUUAAGCUAGUAGCGUGGUUCGGCAGACCUGCAUGCAGCAUACUAACCAAGCGAACGCGUGCUGUCAGUAUAUUGCGCAAUCCACUCACAACAUGCUUCCAAUGCCAUACUUUCGAAUAUCCAGUUUUGCUCGCCCAUUUUAGCCGACUUGGCCACACAGAACUGUACCAAUCUAGUGUCAUUGCUUAAUGUGGUUCGUACUAGUGAACAUCAAUUCUACUGACCAGUGUGUGGUGGAUUACUAGAAUGGGCUCCAGACAAGUGCUGUCCCCAACACUCCCCUUUGUGGGAGAUUUACCCAGUGAAAUGCAACCUGGUAAUAAAAUUCGGAUCAGAGGUGUCGUGAACCGACCCAAUGGAGACUGUCGAAUUCACCUGCAAACUGGCAAAUCACUCAGUCCGAUGGAUGAUGUUGUGCUACAUUUGAGUUUACUACCGGCAACCAGAGAAGUGCUUCGCAACAGUUACUGCGCGGGAAAGUGGGGCCAAGAAGAGCGAAUCGGAAACAGUCCGAUCAACUUCGAUGAAGAGUUCGAGCUGACCAUUGCUGCAAAUAAGGCUGAUUUUUGUGUAGAAAUAGACGGAUGCGAAUUGGCCAACUUCAGCUACCGGUGCCCGGUACAAACGGUUCGAUAUAUUGGUAUCACCGGUGGAUGUGUGAUCAGUGCGGUGAAGUUUGAAAAUUGGAACUCAGUGCCAAAAGUGAUCAGUGUUCUUCCAUGUGCUCCAGUUUAUCAUCCGCCGACGGCGCCGGCGGUGCAUCCUCCGGUGCUGCCACUUUCAUUUAAUUUGCCAGCCUGGCCUCAUGGAGCAGCACCAUACUUCGCCCCAUCGUUGUCCCUUUACCCGCUGCAAUCCAACCAGCCAGCGUUCAAUCCGGCUUUUUUCCAGCAGCCAUUCCUAGUGAAUAUUCCUGGCGGUGAGCAGAAGGGCACCGACAGUGGAUCUGCGUUGCAGUACCAGCUGCUUGUGAAAGUUCUUUGGAAAAUUUGCUGCAUUUUUUUCAAGGCACUCAAAUUCAUCAUUUUCGUGCUUGUUGGCGGACUCGGUUUUUACAUUUUAUCGAAAAGACUUCGGUUGUGAUAGUCUAGAGUAUCCCGUAGAUGAGUUGUUAAUUUUUUUUAGUAUUGUUAUAUUAUUUACAGGGUACAAAAUAACACUAAGGCUAAGGGAUAACUUCUAAUGCUAGAACAUACUAUACAUCAUGAUCAAAACCAUGACGUUCAUGACAGAAAAUGAUGCCCUUGCGAAAUAUCAGUUCAUUUAACAUCAUUGAAGAAACUCAGUUAACUUUUGUUAAAAUAAUUUUGAACUUAUUUUUUUUUCACUUACAAAGAGCG